UGUUAAAUUUGGUAGAAACUAAUUUAACAUUCACAGGUCUCAUAUUAACUGCAAUAUUUAUGGGGAUAUGUGGAUUUAUUGUAUAUAUUGUCAGUUUUUAUACUAAAGAUGGUGAUCAAGAUGAAGAAAUUCAAUAUGAAACCAACCACAAAUUCGAUAACAUGUAUUGCGAGGCUGAAAAAGAAAUUUUGAAAUUGGUCCAAGAACACAAUCAGCUGUUCCAAAAAAUAAAUAACAUAGGAGAAAUAAAUAAUAAACAAAAAAAUAAUAAGGACGAGAAUAAUAAACUAAAAUACGAAACACAGAAACAAAAUGGGCGAUUCCUAGAUAAUUUAAAAGAGUGGUCCGAAGCGGCAAAAGAAUACAAGGUGGCCACUCUUAAGGAUUCUUCCACCUUCGUUACCGUUACUCGGUUCUACGUGAAAACAUUGUUUUAUGGAUUAGUAAUAUUUUGCGUGAGUUUGAUAUGGCCAGUAUUUUUAGUAACAGGACAUGGAAAAAGGAAUUGUAGGAACCAAAAGAUAGUAUACACUCUCUAUUACAAAGUUUGUCGGAUAUUCGGUAUCCGAUACCGAAUACUACACAAGGAAAAUGCUACGAGAGACGAAUCGGCUGUUAUCGUGAGCAAUCACCAGAGUUCACUGGAUUUACUCUCACAAUCAACAGUAUGGCCUUCUAACUGCACUUCCGUAGCUAAAAGAGAGGUAGUUUACCUAGGUCCAUUUGGGGCACUGUCAUACGUGACCGGGGUAGUCUACAUAGAUCGGAAAGACCUAAAUUCUGCUAAAAAGACCUUGGCAGAUUUAGCGGAACGGAUGAAAAUUGAAAAAUUGAAAGUAUGGAUUUUUCCGGAAGGAACUCGGAAUCAUGGGACGGGAAUCCUUCCCUUUAAAAAGGGAGCUUUUCAUCUUGCCGUUCAAGCUCAAGUACCGAUUUGCCCCGUGGUAUUUAGUUCCUAUUACCCUUUUUAUUGUCGUUACGAAAAACGUUUUAAUUCAGGCAUCGUUUUAGUCACGUGCCUCCCUCCUAUUCCCACCAAAGGCAUGACAACGGCUGACGUGGAUCAACUCACGGAUCACGUGAGGGCAGUCAUGUUGAAGGUGUUCGUAACAACUUCGGCCGCUAUCUCCCCGCCUUUUUUCGCAAAAGGGUCUCCACUUCGCGCCCGCUGGGAAGCUACAGAGGCCGCUUAUAGAGAUAGGAUUAGAAGGAAAGCGAGCGAAAAUGGUGUGGAAUACGCGACAUCUAACGAUUUAACUUCCUUUCAAAAAGAACCUGAAAACAACGCAAUUCCAAAAAAUAAACAAAUUAAUAACGAUAUUAUAAAUAAACAAAUAAAUGAUCAUGUGAAUGACAAUGGUAAAAGUAAACUAGAAAAUGAGCAGAAAUCAGCUGACGACGACAUAAUCAGUAAAAUUUUUGAAUGGGAGCGCUACCAAGAUGGUGUCACUGAUCCAGUGACGCACUUUAUUGACAAAAAGGUUGGAAAAUUUUUAUUUCCUCGCCAAAAAUGAUCAUUAUAUAUUUAUUUUUAUUUAUAAUUAAAGAAGAAUUCACUCAUUAGUUAUUUAUUAUUUUUCUUUGAUUCCAAAUUUGUUCUUUUUUUAAAUGUUAAUUACCAUGGAUUUAAAAAAAUACUAAUAUGCUUUGACACUAAAAUGAAUUCGUUGAUUUUUUUGGAUAAAUGAGUAGCGACGAUUUUUUACUAUAAAAAAUAAAAGUAAAUGACUGUCACCAUCACUUUCCGCUUUUUGAUUGAAAUUUUGUUUUGUUUGUUUUUUUUUAUCAAAUAUAAAAUAGCCAAAUUAAUAAAUAUAUAUACAAAAAUCAAUAGUAAUGAUUAAAUAAAUAAAAUAAUAAUGACGAAUACUAAUAAAUUAAUCAAUAAAGAAUAAAAAAUUUAUGUAAACAGAUUAAUAAUAAUGAUUAUUGAAUAAUGUACAAAAAAUAUUAAUACAUAAAAUAAAUUAUAUACUCAAAACUAAUUCUCAAAAGAGUAUUUUUAUUAUAUUAACUAUUAUGCAUCAUCUACUUUUCAUACUUUAUAUAUAAUAUGGCACUUAUUUUUUAGAAAAUUAAUUAAAUUUUUCCAUACAGAAAUUAUAUGCCAUUUACAUCAAAUCUUCAUAUUUGUUAAACUAUAAAUUAUUUUUAUUUAUUCAUUUUAUUUUUGUUAUAUAUAUUGUAAAUUUAUUGCAAUAAAUAGCUUGUAUAUUUUAUUAUAAUAUUAAUAAUAUAAUAACCCUUUCUAAAUUUUAUUAAUGCAAUUUUGGGAUUGAAAUCAUCAGUUGGCCUAUUGCCAUAUACUUUUAUGGGAAUGCUUUGUGAUUUUAAUAUAAUGAUGCUAUCUAUCAUGAUUUAUCUUAUUCGUAGUAUCCAAUUCUUUAUUUUUUUUAAAAUCCAAUUUAUAAAUAUAUCAAUAUAAACCAAAUGCU